GGAGCCCAGCAGCUCAUUUUGCCGCUAGUAUCGAAAGCGAACGUGCGCUGGUGCAGUUUCGUCCUCGCAAGAGCCGUGUGUGACUGUGUGUCUGUGUGUGUGUUUGCAAUUGACCUUACACGAUUGUGUGCCCGGAGAAGACUGCAAUCUAUUUUCGGCAAAUCGUACGAGUGAGCGAGCGUUUGAGAAGUGUCCCCCAACCGGCCACCAUCAAGACAAAGCAAAAGAACACGGAUAUUGCUAAAGGGAAAGGAAGAGACGUCUAGAGCGAGUGGGGUUUUUGUUGGAUUUCUAUAGUUUUGUUUUGAGCCAGCAAGAAGGAAGAAAGCAACAGGAUGGGUAAGGAGAAGACGCAUAUUAACAUCGUCGUCAUCGGACACGUCGACUCCGGCAAGUCGACCACCACCGGCCAUCUGAUCUACAAGUGCGGUGGUAUCGACAAGCGUACGAUCGAGAAGUUCGAGAAGGAAGCGCAGGAGAUGGGCAAGGGCUCGUUCAAGUACGCCUGGGUGCUGGACAAGCUGAAGGCGGAGCGUGAGCGUGGUAUCACCAUCGACAUCGCGCUGUGGAAGUUCGAAACGGCCAAGUACUACGUGACGAUCAUCGACGCCCCCGGCCAUCGCGAUUUCAUCAAGAACAUGAUCACCGGUACGUCGCAGGCCGACUGCGCGGUGCUGAUUGUUGCCGCCGGUACCGGCGAGUUCGAGGCCGGCAUCUCGAAGAACGGGCAGACGCGCGAGCACGCACUGCUGGCGUUCACGCUCGGCGUCAAGCAGCUGAUCGUCGGUGUUAACAAGAUGGACUCGACCGACCCGCCGUACCAUGAGGCGCGUUACGAGGAAAUCAAGAAGGAGGUGUCUUCGUACAUCAAGAAGAUCGGCUACAAUCCGGCUUCGGUUGCGUUCGUCCCGAUCUCGGGCUGGCACGGGGACAACAUGCUCGAACCGUCGGACAAGAUGCCGUGGUUCAAGGGAUGGGCCGUCGAGCGCAAGGAGGGCAAGGCUGAGGGCAAGACGCUGAUCGAAGCCCUGGACAACAUUCUGCCGCCGUCGCGCCCAACCGACAAGCCGCUGCGUCUGCCGCUGCAGGACGUCUACAAAAUCGGCGGUAUCGGUACGGUACCGGUCGGUCGUGUGGAAACUGGUGUCCUGAAGCCAGGUAUGGUGGUUGUGUUCGCCCCGGUCAACAUCACCACUGAGGUGAAGUCGGUCGAAAUGCACCACGAGGCUCUGUCCGAGGCUCUGCCCGGUGAUAACGUUGGCUUCAACGUCAAGAACGUGUCGGUGAAGGAGUUGCGCCGUGGUUACGUUGCCGGUGACUCCAAGGCCAGCCCACCGAAGGGUGCCGCUGACUUCACUGCUCAGGUCAUCGUGCUGAAUCACCCGGGCCAGAUUUGCAACGGUUACACGCCUGUGCUCGAUUGCCACACCGCUCACAUCGCGUGCAAGUUUGCGGAGAUCAAGGAGAAGUGCGAUCGCCGUUCCGGCAAGGUGACGGAGGAGAACCCGAAGUCGAUCAAGUCCGGCGAUGCGGCCAUCGUCAACCUGGUGCCAAGCAAGCCGCUGUGCGUGGAAAGCUUCCAGGAGUUCCCGCCGCUCGGCCGCUUCGCCGUGCGCGACAUGCGUCAGACGGUGGCGGUCGGCGUCAUCAAGUCGGUCAACUUUAAGGAGGCGUCGGGCGGUAAAGUAACGAAGGCCGCCGAAAAGGCCCAGAAGAAGAAAUAACUAGAGACACAGCAACAUCCGUCACUAGUCGUAGAAGCAGAGGAAUAUGAGUAUGAGCUAGCAGUGCUAACAACAACAGCCGUAGCAGCAGCAGCAGCAGCAGCAGCGAUAAGAAAGGAUAUCCAAUUCUCUACGUUAUUAUUAGCAGAUAAUAAUUAUGAUGAUUAUGAAGAUGAUGCUGACCGCGCACGCGGCGACGACGACGACGACGACGAUGAGGUGGUGUUGGUGGUGGCGGCAGCGGCAGCAGCAGCAGCGGUAACGGCGUGGCUGAAGAAAAAUCAUUCAUUAUUAUUAUUAUUAAAUAAUAAUCUAAGAAUUAAUAUUAACGAUAAACUACCACUUAACCAUGCUUAUACUGAUAACACUUAUAAUUGUAAUAAUUUAAAACGUCAACACUCAUCUUCGUCAACCGCUGGAAGCAGUGCGGCCGAAACGGUCAACCCGACGGUGGCCACGUGCUCGCCGAGGGCCGUUGACGACGGCAGGGCGGAACUCUUGGACGGCUCCGGCUACAACUUCACCUCCCUCAAACCGUCGCCCUCGCUGUCACUGUUUUCCGCGGUAACUAACUUAUUUUACCACCAUCGUAAAGCAUUUCGAAGGAAAAAUGGCACCGGCCGCCAGACCACCAGCACCACCACCACCACCAUCAUGGACGAGGACUUUGCCACCAUUGGUCAGCUCGGUCAAACGAUCGCCACCGUUAUCGUCGCACUGGAAAGCAUCAUCUUCGUUGUCGUUGCGCUCAGCAGCAUGAUCGCCACCGCUACCGUCGUAGAGUUAGUACAGUUUCGAACCAAUCCAAUGGCUUCGUUACGAUCAUGAUGAUAUUUUGAAGCAGAAAAACGGGGGGCAAGUAAUAGUGUGCGACCACCAUCUUACGUGAGAGAAGAAAAAAAAACACACAUGGCCGAUAGAGAGAGAGAGCCAGGAUAGGGAUUCUCCACACACCACACCGGGAUGAAUGGGGAUGAAUCCGAUACCUGAGAAUGAAAAAGACAAGAAAAAGGAAGAAAAAUUUUUAUCACAAAAAGGCGCGCUCAACAGCACUGGAAAACCCCGAAUUUUAGUUUUUUUUUCUUAAUUUGUGCAAUUGAUUUUAUUAGGCAAGCAAAAGACCUUCUUCCCCCCCAUUUUCUAGCUGGGUCGUGAUAACAUCGAGAGACAGACAGUAAAAAAAAAAAGCCAAAAAAGACUCACCAGCGAAAAGGAGGAACUUCAGCCCCCAUUAAGCUCAGGGGGAUUCAUCACCAAACAGAAAAAAAAAAAAAACAAUUAUGAGCGAAUGUGAAACAAGAAAAGACCAUUUACGAUCCUAAAACUGGUGUCUGGUAUUUUGUGUUUGGUUUUGUUAUUUGUUUUUGUUUAUGUUGGUUUUUUUUUUCGGAGGACAGGUUCGUUCUUCUGCUUUGGUUUGUUCUUCUUGAGUUUUCAUUUCCUGGUUUUACGUUAGUACCUUCAUAGCAAAGAUGGUGGACGAUCGUGUGGAUUUCGUAGUACUGACAUUAGAUGUCCCUCUAAGAAAACCUAGACCUGGUACAUUCUGCCUGCUGUUGUUGCUGCUGCUACUCUCGCGAAGACGUUGUUUCACAACCUCACCUCUAACCACACGGUACCAUCAGUGUGUAUGUGUGUGUGUGGGUGUAUCAGAGUGUGUGAGAGUACGUGCAACGCUCGAACCCGGAAGAACGAUCCUGAAGCUGCUAAUACUCCUCUCAACAGUGGUCCUCCUAUAUGUAAGCGCGCUAACACAGGCCGCGCCUCUUCUACGUGUUAAAUUGCAACAUUGGAUACAAAACCAAUACAAAAAAAAGCACACACUCACACGAAAUAACGUAUAUGUGAAACCCCCUUAAAUGUGAAACUCAACUUGCAACAAAAAAAAAAAGAAGAAGCCAGGAUACCAUCUGACAGCACAUUAGGAUGAAAGCCAGGACCCUAAACGAAGCUAUCAAUAAAACUCAUGAAAGGCUUACAA